AUGUCAUUCCCGCCUCGGCCGCCGCUGGUGCCAUACGGGAUAGCACCUGGAGUCGUCACAAUGCAGAUGCCUACACAUGUAAUGGUGGGAGCGUACAGCGCAAGCGGUGCGGGCGGCGGGCGAGGAGCCCUGCUGCCUGCGCCCCCGCCCGGCAAAGCCGUCAUCUCCCGUGGGCCGACGCGCAACGCUAACGGUGCUAAGGAUCCUGAGGGACCUGCCGUUACAGUCUUCAUAGGUAACAUAUCCUCUAGAGCGCCGGACGCCAUGAUCCGCUCCCUCCUGGGUGCUUGUGGCCCUGUGCUCAGUUGGAAACGCGUGUCCACGUUUGGAUUCAGUGAGUUCGCCAGUCCCGAGGCUGCGCUGCGCUGCGUGAGGCUACUGAACAGUAGACCCGUCGCUGACAAACAGUUGCUUGCCAAGACUGAUGGCAAGAUGCAGGCGUUAGUUGAUACGUAUAAAACUGAGCAGCGGUCUCGGCUAGGUCAGGAGGAGGGCGCCCCUGGCACUGAGGGCGAGGCCUCCUACCUCGACGCUCGACAGAGGGCGCUCGACGAGGCCGCCGAACGACGACUGCAACAGAUCAUGAGGGACUACCAGGACGAUAUUAAUAAUUAUGAACUGCUGCAGAAGGAGGAAGCGAUCUCCAAAACAGCGCGAGUGCUCGAGGAAGCCGACAUAUCUGAGGAGAAGCGCGAUGUGAUCCAUCGCGAGAUUGGCAAGUUCCGCGAGAGUAUGAAGGAGGAGGCUGAGGUCGUCGUGCGCCGCAAGCGAGACAACAAGGACGAGCCAGAACGCCCGCGGGAGCGGGACGACCGACGCGAGCGGGACGACCGCCGCGAGCGACCCGCCGAGCGGGACCGGGAGCGGGAUAAGGAUCGCGAGCGGGACAGGGAUCGGGAACGUGACCGCGAUAAGGAGAGGGAUAGAGAUACUAGAGAUGCUAGAGAUGCUAGAGAUAAAGAUCGUCGCCGUCGUAGUACUUCGAGGAGUAAAGAUCGACGCGAGGAACGUGACAAGGAAAGGGAGAGGGAACGCGAAGAGAGGGAGCGAGACAGAGAACGGGAACGAGAGCGAGAAAGGGAAAGAGAGAGGGAGCAACGCGAGCGAGAACGAGAGAGGGAGAUACGUGAGCGAGAGCGAGAAAGGGAAAGGGAACGUGAACGUGAACGCGAGCGAGAACGCGAACGAGACAGAGAACGCGAGAGAUCUCGCGAGCGAUCGCGCGGUCGCAGCCGUAGCGAGGCGGACGCCAGGAAGGACAAGGAACAGGAGGAUGAGGCAAGGGAGAAGAAGCGGCUCGAGAAGAAAGCCAGGGAGAAGGAAGCUGCUUACCAGGAGAGAUUGCGAAACUGGGAGAGUCGGGAGCGGCGGAAGACAAAGGAGUAUGAGAAGGAAAGAGAGAGGGAGCGGUGUCGCGAGGAGGAGAGGGAGAAGGAGGCCAAGCGACUGAAGGAGUUCCUGGAGGACUAUGAUGACGAGAGGGACGAUCACAAGUACUACAAGGGGAAGGAGCUACAGCGACGACUGGGCCUGCGAGUGCGCGAAGCGGAAGCGGACGCGCGCGAGCGAGCGCGCGAGGCCGAGGAGUUGGAGGCGCUGCGCGCGCGCGUGUGGGGCACGCGGCCGGCCGACGACGCGGCGGCGCGCGCGGCCUACGAGCGGGCGCGCGCAGCACUCGACGCGCAGUACCGCCCGCGGCUGCUCAUCGACGUCAGUCUGCAGCACGACCAGCAGCGCGCGCAGGAACUGCAGCGCGCCGAGCAGAGGGAGGAGGCCCGCAGGGAGGCCCGAGAACGCGCGGCCCGUGAGCGCGAGCGCUACCUGCGCCUGGCGGCCGUCCGCCAGCUGCCGCGCGAGGCGUCCCCCAUCGAGUCGGACAGCUCGGGCGCGUCCCCCCCGGCCGCGUCGCCCCCGCUGUCCCCCGCGGGGUCGCCCCCCCGCACCCCGCCGCGCCGCCACCACCGACGCUCGCCCCCCAGCUCGGACCCCGGCACGACCCCGCCGCAGCCCCCGACCCCGCCCCACCACAGUCCCUCCUGGUCGGAGGAGGGACGACGGAGGGGAGUGACGGACGUACAGACUAAACCAGACGCCGUCCAUUCUUGCAUGUCUGUAUGGAGGUGCAAGAAUGCGGAUACCUUCGCGGAUCAUAAGGUCAUCAGGAACAGGACUGUGACGUCAACGGGUAGUUCACCUAUCACAAUCAGUUUCAAGAACCACCAUAAGUUGAGCCCCUCAGCUAAUGACACGCCUAACGAAUCAGGUCGCGUUAGACGCGUACACGCAGCGUUCGCUGGGGACGAUGACGAGCCCACGGUCGGGGCCCCCCACGCCGGGCACCCACCCCCACACGGGGGACCCCCCACACACGGGACCCCUACUGGAGGGUCGCACACACACGAUCAACCACGACCUAAAGAAAAGAAAGACAAAUCAAAGAAAAACAGCGGUGGCGCCGCUAACGCUGAGGCGGCGGCCGGAGACAAAGAGAAUCGAAGCGCUGAGGAGAAACGGAAACAUAUUAAAAGUCUCAUCGACAAGAUACCCACACAGAAGGAUCAACUGUUUCAGUAUAAACUUGAUACUGCACAGAUUGACAACGUAUUAAUGGAGAAGAAAAUCCGGCCGUGGAUAAAUAAGAAAAUAAUCGAGUACAUAGGCGAGCCGGAGCCGACACUGGUUGACUUUAUCUGCAGUAAGGUAGUCGCCGGGUCUGCGCCGCAAGGGAUCCUUGAUGACGUCCAGAUGGUGUUAGACGAAGAAGCGGAGGUGUUCGUGGUGAAAAUGUGGCGGCUGCUUAUAUACGAGCUCGAGGCCAAGCGGGCUGGCCUGCACAAGUGA